AUAGUCCGGCGUGGACCCGACCUGGCUGGGCUUGGUUCGCUGUCGCCACCUCGAGCUCCAUGCGGGCCCGGAGGGGUCCUUCACACAAAGCCACUGACAGGCGCCCUCCAAAAAAGCUGAAAUGUGAAAAGAGAAAUCAAGCGAAGUUGAAUAUACAUGAGGUGGAUGUUUGUGGAAACAGCAGCAGCAUCUUCUCAAAGGAGCCAACUAGUAAAACACCAGAAGUGAAUGAGCACUUGCCGAACUCACCCGUCCUCAAGAUAAUGUUGCAAAAUGAUGGCAAAGCGAUUCCAAAGAUUAGUGAUGAAUCGCAGGUCAGCCAAGCCAACCUUCGUGCAGAAUCUUCAGCCCCCAGUGCAAAGGAAUGCUCUCAAAAGACUGAGCCUCUCUUCCUACCCCAUGUCCAGAACGUAGAUGAAGAGGAGGAGGGAGAAGAGGAGAGCUGUGGAACUGGCUGCUCAGAUGACUCGGAGAUGGAACCAGAGGAGCCACAAGACUGUUUACUCGAGCCGGAUAAUAGCGCGUUCCUGAAUGAGGAUAGCAACCAACCGCUGCCAGUGGACCGAUUCUUCGGAAGUGUGGCAUUUUUGCAGGACCUUCCAGCUGCUCCUCUUAUAAGGGCUCCUGCCAACAGGCGAGAAUUCCGGAAAAUGCACUUCAUAGCCAAGGAGGAUGAUGAGGACGAAGACAAUGAAGAUGUUGUUUGAACAUCUGGUGAGGAUCUUGCCCCUCUCCCCUUCUGUGGCAAGAUCUCUUCUUCUACAGGCUGGACACGCUAACAACUAUACUUGUGGCUCUCAGGGAUCAGAUAUCCCUUUUUGAAGAAGGAAGCCUGUUUCCUUCUACAAAAAGACACCAGUCCUGUACGGCUCCUGGGUGGAACAAGUUGCUUUAAAAUAGAUUCUUAAGCACUUACUUCUAUAAAUUCGCCUCCCUCCUCAUGGGAGAGGAGAUACCAGCAGUUCUGAGAGGCGGCACAGACUCCUUCCAAUCAUUUUUUGUGCCAUUCUAUUUUUGGACGUUGCUUUUCUUCCUCUGCAUCGAUGCUGUGCAAAAAGCCGAUGUUAUGCUCAAUACGCACAACGCUUGUGGUGCUUGGAAGGGGUGGGGGGUUUGCAGCGGGGCCAUCUCUGAUUUCUCACUGGCUUUUGGACUUCUGAAGUCUUACCAGCAAGGGGCCUUAGAAACGUGCCAAGGGGCACUUUGAGACAGCAAAAGGUCUGCCCCCGGAAACGAACUCUGUGAGUUCAUCUAAUUUAAUCCGACCUUUAUGGUCUUUCCGUGGGGGAAAAACUCACAAGUCUGCUUGCCUGUUCUUGUUUCUUCUGCUCUUUGUUGCUUGGGUUACAAGGCAAUCACUGGCAUGUGCCAGAGAAUCUUCACGUGGAGUUAAUUAAAAAGAGAAUCCUCGA